AUGGCUCGCGAAGGAGAAGUCAUCCCCUCCUCGCCCACUAUUUCGUCGCCCUCCUCCUCCGACCUGGACACCGAGGUGAGGAGCACUGGGAAGGGACCCUGUAAUGGCCGCCCAUGGCGUUCUUCUUUCUCCUCCUGUUUCUUUCUUCCUUCCAUCCAUCCCUCCUUCUCUGCUGCCGCCGCCGCUGCAGUUUCUUGCGUUGAUCUCUUGUUGUUGCAGUCGACGGGGUCCUUCUUCCCCGACCGGAGCACGACCCUCGGCACGCUGAUGGGCGUCAGCCUUAUAGAGACGCCUGCCGCUCGGCCGCCGGCGGUGGCACUCCUGUCUCGCGGCGGCGGCGCGGAGAGGGGCGCCGGCGGCGGAGCGGGGAGGCAGCGGGGGAGGAGAAGGACGGCGGGGAGGAGGAGGUGGUGGAAGCUGUGCAGGGGGGAGGACAUGGCCCCGACCUCGCUCGCCGACUUCCUGCAGGUGGAGCGGAGGCUGAGUGGCGGCGAGUUGGCCGGUGAGCAGGAGGCCCACCUCUUCUACGGCGGCGGGGGAGAGGCGGAGCACGAGGCGGUAGGCGGCGGCCCUCUGUUCGACGGCGGCCGUGUCCUCCCCCCGCCGCCGCAUCCCCACCGCGCGGAAACGGGCUCUCUGGGGAGGCUGCCGGUGCUGCUCACCGGGAUCUGCAGCGGCAGCGAUGGGUAG